AUGGAGAUGGUUGAGAGUGGCGGCAGGCAUGUGGCCCGUAUGAGGGACAUCACUGUGAUGGGAUCUGGUGGAGAGAAGUUGAAGGAGAGCGUCAGGGUGGUCAGUGUUGGUUGGGAGGGUACGGUUGAUGAUGUUAUCACAAGGUCGUUCGAGAAGGCCGGUCGAAUGGAUCUUUGUGAGGCUGAUAUUGAGUUCUUCGAGAUGGACCCGGAGGCCCAGGUGGAGGAGAUAGGGCACUGCUAUGAGGCGGCUCAAGGUGUGGAGGAUUGGGUUUUGACUGCCCCGUCAGUUGAAGAGUUGCCGGGAAUAACGGAGGGCCUGGGAAACGAACCGGAGUGCCGAAUUGUUCUCAUCGAUGCUCCGCCAGGGUCUGUACCGCACAAGCUGAUCACAGAUGAUGUUGCUGUGAAUGCCGAGACUCUCGGGACUAUUCGGAAGACCGGGGGCAAGCAUGUCUUAUACGCGCCUGGGUGGACGGGCGGAGUUGCAGUUGAUGGGGUCUUCAGAAUAGGCUGGGACGAGUCACUUGUUGAGGUCCUCGAGCAAGCAAGGCAACAGACCACGAGGGCCAAGGCUCGAGAGCUUCUGUUACAGGAAGAGCUGAGGUUCGCCUCGGGGACCCUAGAGGAGCAACGCAGUCUCAUUGAGGGGUGGUGGAAUGGACAGAAGGAGGCCGUCACUGAUGCCUGGGUGGUCGAGACGGUCCCAAACCUACUUCAGCUUAUACGGGGAAUAACUAGUGUCUUGCGUGGGGAAAGGCCUACAACCAGACUGGAUAAGUCUGCUGUUGGUGCAGGAGAGGACGGUAGUGUAAGUGAUGCUGAUGAUGGGGCGCUGUUAUCAGCAGACAACUCUGUUGGUCCUACCCUGGUGGUCGAGGAGGCGCCCAUUGUUGCGGCAGAGAUAGUGGAUGAUAGCACUUCUCCAGAUACCAUCAUGAACGCCGUUCAAGAGGGUUCAAUAGAAGGUUCGGCCCUCGAGUGUGGACCCGGUUUUUGCACUGAAAUCCCAGCGUCGCCGAUAUCUACUGUGCCGAGUACGCCAGAGGUCGAGGAGUCGUUGGAAGUGGUGACAUCGAAAGGGCCGAAAGUGGCAGUCACCCCUACAGAGGCCUCAAUGAGCAGUUCUUCAGUGGAAGCUAGGGAGACGGAGAAGCGCGGUGGAACAGUUGUGAUUAUUCAUGCUCCUCCUGGGGUGGUGCCGAGGGAGCUGCUCACGGAUGAUGGAGUGUCUGGCGAAAGACAAAUUCAGCAGCUCUUGGAAGACGGUGAUGACCGUGUUGUGCAUGCGUGCACGGUGAGCUUCCUGUUUCGGUUCAAGUUCCAACGUGACCGAGUGGCUGUGGUGAACUACGGCUGGGAGGGCGCCAUUCAAGAGGUGAUCGGACGCACGUUGGCUCAUGCGGGGGAUGAGAACAAGUCUAAACAGGACGAAGUAUUCUUCCAGUUCCCUAUGAGCAAACAAGGCGGUCUCUUUGCCAAAUGGUAUCAGCAGGCAUCCAAGAAGAUUCCUCGAGGGGUGAAGACGGCCAGUCCGGGGUCGGAAAAGGCACUACGAGAAGCAGUGCAGAGGAUGCUGGGGGAAAAGCCACGAUCGUCGAGGACGAUCUUCCUGGUUGUCCCGAUGGGUCUGCCAGGGUCGGGCUCUAGUGAACUCCUUGAAGACAUGUUUGAUAAGAUAGAGGUUAAAAAAGGAAAGUUUAUACAGGGGAAGAACCGAACGGAGAGUGAGCAGAACUCAGAGGCGGUGGUGAGCAAUGCAGCUCUCAUCAAGGCGAGGGACUUCGCGAGAAGGGGGGCUUUUGAUAGUACAGCCUUGGGCGCUGCCUUGAGGAGGGCCAGUGGUGACUUUGUCCAACACAAAGUGAGGAGGUCCAAACAGGAGUCCAAGCACGUUGUCUUCCUCGAUAUGAAUCACACUGAUAUUCACAGUAUUAAGACCUCGGCCAGGAACUUCAUGGUCAACGGCGUGGAUGUGAGAGUCGUAGCGUUGUUCAUGGCGGAGAUUGCGGGAACGACAGAAGUGGCGAGCUGGAAGUACCCGUGGAGCCCUCAAGCGAUGCUGACUUGUUUGAAGAGGGAGCUGAGCUCCCAUGGGAACUCGGAGGGCUUUGAUUCACGAAUGACAGAACAAUUCUUUGAGCUUUGCCGUGAACUCGCGAAGUACAAGUGCCCGCAGACCAGCAGGCUGAUCAGCGAGGUCAGACGAGUGCCAAUUAUCGAGCCUGGCACGGUGGUGGAUAUUGAGAGUGCUAGUCGAGGAUUGGAGCAGCUCGGGAACGUCAAGGGUAGCUUCUCAGAGGAAGAACUGCAGCUGGCGGAUCACCUUGCGGGGAUGGCGUCGCUUGUCUUGUGCUUGGNNNNUAUUUCCUCGCACUCCACUGCCAUACAGGAUGGUGACGUUGUGGAAGUCUGGUCGGUCUCGUUGGUGGAUCGUCUAUUGCGGCUGCUGCAAUUCCAAGAUCGGCAGAGGUAUGAGGUUGAGCAGAGGAAGCUGAGGAAGGAGGUGGAGGAAGCUAGGGAGAAUCUGAGGAGGAGCCUUGAGGAAGAGCGGAGGAUCAUGGCACUGAGUCCACAGGGGAUCUCAGUCGACUUACUGGAUGAUGAGGUUAUUCGCCGCUUCCGUGUUGAUGGUAUGACCACACUGGCAGAGGCGGCAUUGCAGAGAGCGAGGGCGAUGGCCGCUAGUAGGCAUAGGGAGAAGGUUGAGGGGUGUGAGCACCUGCAUGUAGCCGCAGAGGCUCGGUUGGCAGAAGCUGAGGCCAGGUUAGGGGCAGCGCAUGCUGAGCCGUGGGGUAGGGUUAUGAAGGCUUGGCGCUUGUUCACGGGGUUGGACCAGGGAGGAGUUGAGGAGGAGGCCCAGGAGGAUAGUGGACAGAGAGCAGCUAAUGCUCCUCCAGCAGAUAUCGAACGGGGCUUUCCAGGGGAGUGGGAGGUGGUACCGCAUUUUGAACUUUUUAAUACUCUCUCUAUGGUCCGCGAUAGUGCCAAUGUCGGUGUGGGAGAGUUCACGGCCUACCCUCGAGGGAAGCACGAUUAUUGUCAGAGGCUCGGUAUACUAUCCUUCUUCGCAGUGGUGAUGAUCAUCUACCUUUACGUCGAUACUCGGAGGUUUCGGAUGCUGUCUAGGGAGGAGAAGCCUUUUAGAGGGGCUGCGCUCGCCCGAGCGGGUCCGGUGGGAGAAGCUACCCGUAUGAAUGCGGAGUUACGGCCUGUUGCUGUUGUGAAGGAGGAUGUGUAUGGGGAAGAGGAGGAAGCAGUGGUUUUAGAAACGAAGCUCACGACGCUUGAAGACGAGUCCAACACGCAGUCACUGGCCGCUGAGACCUCUCCGAGUAAGGCGACGACUCUAGCGGUCCCAGUGGUGACUCAGACGCGGCGCCCGGUGAUAGUAUCUACCACGCCAGCACUGAUCGAGUUCGAACUGGUGCCGGUCACGAAUAGUGGUAGAGGGGAGGGCGGUGCUGAGGCUGGGUCUGAUGAUGUUAGACUUGAGACUGUUGUCAAGAGUGAGGUGGGAGGAAGAGGGCAGGAAGCCGGUACCGGCGUGUCGGGUGGUGAUGGUGACACGCUCAAGCCUAGUACAACGAAGGGCGGCGGCGGCGGCGUAGGGGAAGUGAGGGCUGAGGCAGAGGUGGAUGUGAGCAGUAGUAAUAUUGGAAUUGUUGGGAUGGCAACAACAACAAGAGCGGAAAUGACGAGGACUGUAGGGCGGGCAGCUGGAAUGGAGACGACCCCGUCAACCUCUGGGACUAGCAAGGGGCAGCGGACUAGGGCUGAGGAUAUGGCAGAGAUCGUUAAGCGGCUGGAGAGGUUGGAGGAUGAGGUGGCGUCCAAAACACAGACUAGAGGGAGGCAGCCCUCCACCCCCGGCCCUAUCGAUAAAGAGGAGGGUAAGGAGGACGAGGGGGCAAGGUGA